AUGUUGGCCAGGAUUUUUAAGCAUGAGUACAGAAGAAAAUUUGAUUCUGUAUGGAGACAUGCAAGUCAACACGCUGGUCAAAGGCUUGAUAUUGCUGGGAUUUAUCCUCCCAUUGCCACUCCGUUUACACAGAAAGGAAAUGUGGAUUAUCAAAGCCUUGAUAAAAAUCUACAAAAAUAUGGGAGGAUACCUUUUAGAGGUCUUGUGGUGCAGGGCUCUAAUGGAGAAUAUCCAUAUCUGACAACCGAAGAGCGAAUAGAUGUUGUUAGAAGAGUUAGAGAAGCUCUGCCUACAUCAAAGCUAGUGAUGGCUGGAUCUGGCUGUGAAUCCACAAGAGCCACAAUCCAAAUGAGUGAGAGUAUGGCCAGUGCAGGUGCUGACUGUGUGUUGGUAGUGACCCCGUGUUUUUAUCAUGGAAGAAUGAAUACCAGUGCUUUCAUACACCACUAUACACAGGUAGCAGAUUCCAGUCCUGUACCCAUCGUUCUCUAUAGUGUGCCAGCCAACACCUUUCUGGAUCUGCCUGUGGAUGCAGUGGUACAGUUAUCCCAACAUCCAAAUAUAGUUGGCAUCAAAGAUAGUGGUGGAGAUAUUACAAGAAUAAGUCUGAUUGUGUACAAAACCAGAUCAGAAGAUUUCCAGGUGUUGGCGGGAUCAGCUGGGUUCCUCAUGGCUGCUUAUUCCGUAGGUGCUGUUGGGGGUGUUUGUGCUUUAGCAAAUGUUUUGGGUCAACAGGUGUGUGAGCUAGCACAGCUGUGCACUUCAGGACAAUGGGACAAAGCCAAAGAACUCCAAUACCGUCUCAUUGAACCAAACAUGGCGGUUACAAGGAAGUUUGGUGUUCCUGCUCUAAAGCAAGCAAUGGAGUGGUUUGGAUACCAGGGUGGUGUGUGCCGCUCCCCUUUGCAGCCUUUGUCCAAGGUGGAGUUGGAAAAUCUUCAAGCAGACUUCUCCUCAAAUGGAUGGCUGUAGCUGUUCUUUAGAUCCCUAAUAAAUAAUUUUCUAUCAAUUGAGAUUAUACAUAUGGGAACAU